UGUCGUGCAUUCCGCCAGAAGUCCAAACAGGGCUGGACCCGCUAAGAACUUGGGGAAAAAAGAACAAACUAUUUAUUAAAACAGCUUUAAAUUAAGACACUUCAACGGAACAAACUUAAGGACUUUAUUGAAAAUAAACGAAAUCCCCAAGAUUCUAUAUUCAGAUACUUAAAGAAAAGAUAUAAAAAGUAACAAAACAAAACUAAGAAAAUGGCAGCAACAAGAACUGGAAUGCUUUUUAAAGUAAUGUCACCAAACGUCGUGAGCAGAGUAGUGUCCACGUCGGCUUCACAGAAUACAUCAAACACAAUCGUCAUCGACCGAACAGCCACCGCAGCUUGCCCCUUCCACAAAGCACUACAGACAGUCGACGACGCAAUGUCACCAUGGAGAAAAGACACCGUAGACAAGGUUGAUAUUGCCAGAGAAACAACAGAGGUUAAAAGCUUCGAAAGCAUACCGGGACCUAAAGGGCUUCCAAUUGUAGGAACUUUAUUUGAUUACCUGAAAAAAGAUGGUCUAAAAUUCAAUAAAAUGCACGAGGCUUACCAGAAGAGAGCAAUAGAACAUGGUCCAAUUUACAAAGAAAAGAUCGCAACUAUUAACUCAGUUGUGAUAAGCGACCCAGAAGAAUACAGCAAAGUUAUUCGUUCCGAGGGCAAAUAUCCACAAAGACGACCGAUGGAACCUAUAGCUUUCUACAGAGAACAAAAAGGACUUGGUCUUGGUUUAGUGAAUGACCAAGGAGAGGAAUGGUACAAACUGCGAACAGUUACAGCUCCAAAAAUGCUCAAAAUGAAGGAAGCUUUGGAUUUCUGUGUUCCAAUGAGCGAAGUUGGAAACGACUUUGUUGGUCAUCUAAAAGCAGCCAGAAAAGACAACAAUGAAAUUGUUGGUUUAGAAAAAGAAUUGUUUAAAUGGGCAUUUGAAUCAAUCGGUACAUUCCUGUUCGAGGAACGGGUCGGCUGCUUCUCCGAUCCCACACCUAAACCUGCCAAAGACUUUAUUGACCACUUGCAAGAAUUCUUCAAAUAUUUACAGCCACUCAUGUACAACGUCCCCACAUAUAGAAUUUACCGCACCAAACUGUGGAGAAAGUUCGAAUACCAUGCAGAUAAGGUUUUCGAACUAGGAAGAUACUUUAUUGAAAAGAAAGUAAAAGAUUUGGAAUCUACACAAGGGUUAGAAGGAGAAGAAAACACAGAAAGGGUUCCAUUUAUCACCUACAUGUUGUCGCAGAAUUCACUAACAACAGACGAGGCCGUUUCCACAUGCGUAGACCUUCUUACUGCUGCUACUGAAACGACAUCAAAUGCAAUGUUAUGGAGCCUGUACUCUCUGGCACAACAUCCGGAAGUACAAGAGAAGCUCUAUCAAGAGACUAUGGAUGUGUUAGGAGACAGCAACGAGAUAAAUCCUGAAAAUAUUGCCAAACUUUCAUACGUCAAGGCGUUCCUUAAGGAAACUUUCAGAGCAUACCCGAUCACCUGGGCAACCAGUAGAAUAACACAAGAGGACAUGGAAGUAUCAGGCCACCAUAUACCAGCUAAUACUCAUAUACAAGCCAAUUUGUUUGGAAUGUUCCGUGAUGAGAAGCUUUUCCCGGAAAACGACCAGUUCAAACCUGAAAGAUGGCUGAGAGAAAACAAGAUGAACACGCAACUGAAGAGCUUGUCCAAUCUCAUCUGGGGACACGGAGCUAGAAUGUGCAUAGGCAGACGAUUUGCUGAACAAGAACUGCAUAUCAUUCUUACAAAGAUUGUGCAGAACUUCAAGUUAGAAUACCAUCAUGAACCAAUUGAACCCGUUCUGAACACUGUGAUGACCCCUGACCGCCCUCUCGUCCUGAAAUUUAUACCAAGAUCCUAGCUACGGACACAAUUUGAAAACUUAAGUUAUUAUCCAAACACAUCCGAAUUAACCUGUGUUAUAGAAAUGUUCACUUCCGUUUCUGAGCGAGUUGAACCGGAACCACACUAAGAAGUACAGAUGGAAUGGGAGGCGAAGGAAUUCUGAAUAAAACUAUAGAACAUUUUUAUUAAAUGAACAAGGAACUGAUAAUGAUUUCCAAGCAGCUAUACUAAGCAAUAACAAUUAGUAUAACAAAUAUGAUAUUGUAUAAUGAGGAAUCAUUUGCUCUGCUAAACCGUCUAGCAAUAAAUUAAAGUAGCAGAAGACUUGCCAAAUUCUCAACAUGCAAUUUAAUUUGAUAGUCACUGUAGAUGAGACAAACAAUAUACUUACGAGUAACACGAGAACAACUUUUUAUGCGCGGUUGUAUGCAUAGUACAAUAUGUUUCAGAUGUCAUAAACAAAUUGUAAAGGCAUAAGAUCAACAUAUGCAUAAAGUACCCCCAUUGGUUUCACUGUAAUGAUUUUUAUUUUGGAACUUAUUACUGUGAUCCGUAACCUAUAACAUGUGCGAGUGUUCUCGCCAAAAACAGAUUCUUAAUUGAUUUCCGAUUUAGAAAAAUAUAAAGAAAUAUGUACAACAGUUCUAUCCUUAAAGGGCAAGGCAAUGUUCUUCUUAUGUUAUUUUCAUCCGUUAGGAUUUCUGACAUCAUUUAAAGAAGUAAAAGAAUUUUCAAAAUCGGCUUAAAAAUGAAAAAGGUAUGACCAUUAAAAUAUUUGAUAAAAAUGGCGGCCAUUUUGUUUCCAUGGCAACAAAAAAAUGGUGGAAUUAUUUAAUUUGAACUAUAUUUACUUAUUUGUAUAAAAUAACUUCUCUACUUUCUCCAGCUAUAGUGAAAGAAAUUACUAUGUUUUACAUCUUGCACUCAAGAAACAUGAUAAUAAUCUGUUAAAGAAAUCAUUUGCUAAAUAAAUAAUUCAGCAGUGUGUAAAUGACGUCAUAAACAUUAAAAUGGCUGCCUCCAUGAUCAGCCAUUUUCUUAAAUUUCAAACGGCCAUCUUUUUAGUGGUCCGAUUUUAAGAAUUCUUUCAGCAUUAUGAAAGGCUUGAGGAUGGCUUUCAUAUUAAAUUAACUUAUUGUCAGGCAUUCCUUGCCCUUUAAAUUAUGUCUAUUCUAAGUUCAUCGGCACUCUGCCAGAUGGUCUUUUUACGUGAUAUCCAUCACUAGCUCAGACAUCAGAGCGCAAGUACCUAAUUCUGUAGGUGUUUAAAAAUUGCCUAAAAAUAAUUAUCUUUACAAAGAAACCUGUUUGGCCACUGGUCAGUAGAUUCAUUUGUUUUCCUGCGUCAAUGGAACUUGUAUCAUUCAACAAAAUUGAAACGAAAUACUUUUUUUGUUUUGUAAGCAGUUAUAAAUUCCUGUUUAGGCGAAUCUAUUUUUAUAGCAAAAAUAUUGUACAAACUUUAGAAUAUUUUCAUUCAUUCACAGAUUGGUGAAUACUUUUCAGGCCUACCAAAAGCUAUAUUUAUAAUUUAUUGUAUAUCGUACAUAAAGAAUAAUGACGCAGAAUAGUAAUGUUUGUCCAUGAUGCAAGGGCCAAAAAAACACACAUUGAUUUAUGCAACAUUGGGCUUAUUUUAUACAAGUUUAUGACAAAAUAAGUGGUUUUCAGUGAAAACAAAAUAUUGGGACAUAAACAAUCGGUACGAUUUUGUUAUUUUUCUUCGACAAGAAAAUUUCGUUCUUAUUGUGUUUUAACGAAUCAAAAGAAACAAUAAUUACAUAUUUUCAUUUGCAUUUUGGUUGCAGUCUUUUUGCUCUUUCUGAUAAUGUUAAGGUUCAAAUAUUAUACAGUUAUGACAAUAAGACACCAAUUUAUCAAAAUGUAUGUUUUGUUUUAGAGUGGUUCAUAUACAGGUCCAACACAAAUCAUUAUAUUCACCAUAUACGGUUUUAAUUGUGAUAUAUAUAUAUAUAUAGAGAAAGAUUGUAUCUAUACAUUUAACGCUUUAUUUAUUAUAUUUUCAUUAUCAAAAUACCUACAUGUAUACCAUCUGAUCAAAUAUUCAUUCACACAGCCAGACAAAUAUAUCAAAAAUAAAAUAAAUUUAUUACGUUUGAAAAUACAAA